CCCCUCCUCCUGAGUGGGAAUGGAUGGGGUGGCUGGAGGUGUGGGCACCCCUGGUAGCGCCGGAGGCUCAGGGGGCGACAGCCUGCCCCGGCGGAAUGGAGGGGACUCGAAGCGUCGCAGUAAGGGCAGCCUGCCCUCCCCCGGCUACCGGCUGUCCCAGGCCUCCCUGGAGGGUGAGAAGGGCUCCUACGGGGCGGACAGCGCCUCCCUGGGUGGACGGGGCCGCCGCCCCUCCAUCAUGAGCUCCUCUGCCAGGGACGGCCUCUCCUUUCGCACAGCCGGCACCCCGACCACCCCCGUGCCGCUGCCGCCGCCGCCACCCUCCUCCUCUGGCACCGCCCACCCUCCGCCUCCACGGUCGGUGGGCUUCGCCACGCCUCGCGCCGCCCUGGCCUCCACCUCCUCCACCGGGACCGGGGUCAUGGUGGUGGCCACCGGGGCGGAGACCACCACCACCACGGCCUGCAACACCACGGCCGCCGGAACCCCGGAGAUGGUGGGCCACUCCGGGCUGGGCGGCUUCGGCAUGGGGCUGGACGGGGAGGACUACAGCAACUCCAACCAGAGCACCUUCAUCCAGAGACAGUUCGGGGCGAUGCUCCAGCCCGGGGUCAACAAGUUCAGCCUGCGCAUGUUUGGAUCCCACAAAGCCGUGGCCAUGGAGCAGGAGAGACUGAAGUCAGCAGGAUCGUGGAUCAUACACCCCUACAGUGACUUCAGGUUCUACUGGGACCUGUUGAUGCUGCUGUUGAUGAUGGGGAACCUGAUCAUCCUGCCGGUGGGCAUCACGUUCUUCCGGGACGAGAACACCCCUUCAUGGAUCAUCUUCAACGUGGUCUCUGACACCCUCUUCAUGGUCGAUCUGGUUCUCAACUUUCGGACCGGCAUCGUCAAAGAAGACAGCACUGAGAUAUUACUGGACCCCAGGGCGAUCCGCCAGAACUACCUGAAGAGCUGGUUCCUUGUGGACUUCGUGUCGUCGAUCCCAGUGGACUACAUCUUCCUGAUGGUGGACAGCCUGGACUCGGAGGUCUACAGGACAGCCAGGGCGCUGCGUAUAGUCCGCUUCACCAAAAUCCUGAGCCUGCUGCGGCUGCUGCGCCUUUCCAGACUCAUCCGGUACAUCCACCAGUGGGAGGAGAUCUUCCACAUGACCUACGACUUGGCCAGCGCCAUGGUUAGAAUCGUGAACCUGAUCGGGAUGAUGCUGCUGCUGUGCCACUGGGACGGCUGCCUCCAGUUCCUGGUCCCCAUGCUGCAGGACUUCCCUCCUGACUGCUGGGUUUCUAAGAACCUGAUGGUGAACGACACAUGGGGCGUGCAGUACUCGUACGCUCUUUUCAAAGCCAUGAGCCACAUGUUGUGUAUCGGAUACGGUGCCCAGGCUCCAGAGGGAAUGACUGAUGUAUGGCUCACCAUGCUCAGCAUGAUCGUAGGCGCCACCUGCUAUGCCAUGUUCAUCGGUCACGCCACAGCUCUAAUUCAGUCUCUGGACUCUUCACGGCGACAGUAUCAAGAGAAGUACAAACAAGUGGAGCAGUACAUGUCGUUCCAUAAGCUUCCUGCUGAUGUUCGACAAAAGAUCCAUGAGUACUACGAGCACCGCUUCCAGGGCAAAAUGUUCGAUGAGGAGAAUAUCCUGGGUGAACUCAGUGAGCCACUCAAAGAGGAGAUCGUCAGCUUUAACUGCCGCAGCCUGGUGGCCAACAUGCCGCUGUUUGCCAAUGCUGAUCCCAACUUUGUGACCGCCGUGCUGACAAAGCUGCGCUUUGAAGUGUUUCAGCCAUUAGACUUCAUCAUCCGGGAGGGAACAGUCGGGCGAAAGAUGUAUUUCAUCCAGCAUGGACGGGUCAGCGUGCUGACCCGUGGGAACAAGGAGACCAAGCUGAGUGAUGGGUCCUACUUUGGAGAGAUCUGUUUGUUGACUCGUGGACGAAGAACAGCCAGUGUGCGUGCAGAUACAUACUGCCGCCUGUAUUCCCUCAGCGUGGACAGCUUUAACGAGGUUCUGGAAGAACAUCCAAUGAUGCGGCGUGCCUUUGAAACUGUUGCUGUUGACCGAUUGGACCGCAUUGGCAGGAAGAACUCCAUGCUCCUGCGCAAGUCAUCCCAGGGUGGUUCUUUGGGAGGCAGCAUGGGUCGAGGUGGAGGACGAGGGGGUCCGGGAGCGGGAGGGGGCCUGACGGCGGGCGGUCUGGGUUCGUGUGAUAGCAUGCUCGUGCAGCAGAUUGUUAAACACGACAGCAUGCCCGCCAUGCAGGACGCCAUCGCGGCGGCUGCAGCGGGAAGAAGCGGCGUCAUGGGUGGGAGCGGCACAGUGUCUCCUCGCCCCCGACCUGUUAUCUGGGCACCGCUGGUCCACGCUCCCCUGCAGACUGCAGCUGCCACCAGUAAUGUAGCCAUUGCCCUCAUGCACCAGCAGCAGCAGCAGCAGCAGCAGCUCCAGCAGCUGCAGCAGCAGCAUGCUCUCGGAGGGGCUUUCUUCCUCCCCUCUCCUCUUAUCUCCCCAUCUCCCUCCACCUCUUUCCCUCUCUCUCCUCCCCGUGCCCCUAUGCUCCAGCCCCUUCGGCCCUCUGUAAGUUCUCUCAUUGGAAUGAUGGCAAUGGGAGGAAUGAGUGGUUUGUCCCCAAGAGGAUUUCCUCUCUCCCCCUCCACAUUGGGCCCUCCUGGUGGGGUGACCUCGCCCCCUGUUGCUAAAACGCCUCCCACCCCAGCCUCCUCUGUCCCGACUUCUGCCCAACAAGGAAGGUCAGUCCACUACAGCCUCCGCCUUCAGGCUGAUCAUCCGUCGGUGAUUGCUGCAUCGCUGGGAACGCCAACUGGAGGAGGGCCGGCUCCUUCUCUCCACAAGACACCAACCACCAACGCGUCAGCUACUUCCAGUGGUCUGCCAGAUCCCAACACUUCUGUUGCAAAUCAGCAGGGUGCAAAAGAGGCUCUGUUACGCCACGGAGGGAGCAGCUCCCAGGGCCUGCCAGCAUUAGGCAGACUCACUCAGGAGGCCAGGCUGCUGUCAGCCUCACAGCCCACACUGCCUCACCGUUCUUGGGCGGCUGUGCAACCUCACCCACCCCUCCAUCGGAAGGCAUCCGGUGGUAAUUUGUUGGCAGCACCAUUCCUUGCAGGGCAGUUAGCCCGUGGAGGCAGCACAGGCAUACUUACCACUAACCCUCCAGUACAAUUAGUCGCAAAUAUGCCAUUUAAUGCACAAGCACAAGCCUCAGUCUCUCUUCAGCCCUCUAUUGCACAGGCUGGAAACACUGCCACACAGGGUCCAGGUCACAGUGCCUCUGUGCCCACGCCAACACCAACAGCUGCACACCUGCCCUCUGCCUCUUGUCUGCCAUCCUCCUCCCCUCCAAAACACACCCCACUCUCCUCUGCCACCCCCUCUCCUACACCAACUCCAUCAUCUCCAACGCUAAUACUCUCCCAGACGCCUCGAGCAAAACCAAUUCCAAUGGCCCCUUCUCGUUCAUCUUCUCCUCCUCCCUGCUCCACUCCUCCUUCAGCAGGAACAAGUUCACUAUCACUGUCUUCAACUCCUCGACCCAAACCGAUCCCCUCUCCUUCCUCCCAAUCUUCUUCUCCAUCUCCAUCCUCCACACCACCUCCAUCCUCUGUUUCAACCCCCGUUCCACUAACUCAGCCUUAUGGGACAAAGUCAUCACUCACUUCUUCCUCUCCCCCCUCUUCUUUGGGCACUUCUUCCCCACUUCAUUCUCAGAGCCCAAGAGCCAAGGCAUCUAACACCCCACCCUCUGCUUCUCCAUUGUCUGGUCCGAGCCCUGCUCUUACCCCAAUCCCCUCUCCCAUCCUUACUCCCACUCAGGCAGCUCGUACCCGGACAUCCACCCCUUCCCAAACUCCUUCUCAAAACAUCCCACCAGUUGUUCCUUCCCAGAACCUCACCCCUGUGUCCUCUUCAUCUUCCACCCCUGCUACAUCUGUGCCCUCUGUGACUGAAUCUCAAAGUUCAACUUCUUGUCUUCAAACAGCUUCAUCCAGUUCAGUCAGAAGUCAAAUCCCAAAGUCAGCUUCACCUCUUACUCCAACACAGCCUUCUGUAUCUACCCCAACACCAGCUAGCACAAGCUCCCCAACUAAAAUCACCUUCUCAGUUCAUCCUGUCAAACAAACCUCUCCAGUCCUUACUCCAAGCCCUACUUUAGGCCCAAACCGCACUGCUAAACUUGUGCAAUCAACAGCCCAAUCGUCUGCAACUUUACUCCAAAGCCAGAGCCCCACAAACCCCUCCACUCUUUCUACCACCUCCCCCACUACUUCCACCCCCUCUUCCAGCGUCUACUCUGCCUCUUCUAACACCCAAAAACAAAUGCCAUCAACCACGGCCGCUGCGUCGCCCUCCUCAAAACUUAACACACCCUCCGCCCCUGCCCCAACAUCUCAGGCAUCUACCACUGCACCCACCCAGUCAGCAAAUACAGCUGCCCCUGCCAGCACCACCUCCCCUAAAGGUGUGAAGAAGGACCCCCAGCUGCCACUUACCAGAAAAGACUCAGAAGGACUAAGACACAAACUGCCUGCCAACAUGUAAGAAAGAAUAUUUGUUGGACUUUGUGCUGUUGCCAGUGCCGACUGGUGGAUCCAUGGGCAUACAGUCUUGUGUAGACAAAUCAAUCUUGUUUGCAUUCAAUUUAGGAUGUGAUUGUCUUAGAACAUCAGGUGUUAAUGGGACUCUCAACCAAGUAAUGAAUCAAGGGAGAAAAAAAAAAUCUUACAGGUCUGUGGAACUGGUGGGUCUGGCUUAAGAGUCCAGGAAAACA